UCAGAAUGCGUUUGAUUUUGAUUGCUGCAUUUUCGGUUAUUUGCGGUUCUACUUUGGUUUGUGGAAUUCCAGAGUAUAGCGGAGAAACUGAAAAUUAUGUGGUUGAAACUAGUGAAAACUCUCGUCUAAAGCGGGCCGGUGGUGAUCUCCUAGUCGAAGCUUUGUACAUCAUUGACUAUUCUCUAUACAAACUAUGGCUAAGUGUCAACAAAAACAACAGAGAAACAGCCAUACAACAUCUUCGCUACCAUUUUGGAGCUAUUGCUCAAGGGGUAAACAAACUGUACCAAGGAAUCAGUGGAAUACGAUAUACUUAUUCAGUUAAAAUCGUCGGGUACUACAUUUGCGAGACGGCAGAAGAGUCAUAUUUCAUAGAGAACCACAAAACUGGUGAACACGAAUUCAACAUUGACAAAGCUCUCAAAGAAUUUGGUAAGUGGAAUGCCAACAGACCUUCAAACCCGAAGCUGAGCUCGUUGAAAUUUGAUCUGGCGAUUGCUUUUACAAGUUACUCGUCUGGCACUUUCCACGGGCUGGCAAACACCGAAGGAGCGUGCACCCCCUUUAGUUUGGGUAUCGUACGAAACACUGUCCUGGAAACCACCACGUUUACAGCUGCACACGAAAUGGCGCACAUAUUAGGGUCAGGACAUGACGGGUAUCAGAACAACUGCCGCGGGACUGAUAACUAUCUGAUGAGUCCGUCUCGCGAUGAAUACGACAAAAAUAAUUACGACAAGUUCUCCUUUUGCUCUAAAGUAGAUUUGGAGAAAUUAGCUCUCAAACUUGAAAACGAAGGUAAAAAUUGUUUGUCGAGGUCAAACGUAAUUGGUAGCUAUGAAGAGGUCGCCAUACCUGCAAGUUAUUUGCCAGGGACACUCCACACACCAGAUGAACAAUGCCAGCUGGUCUAUGGCCUCCCAUCAUUCAAGUUUUGCAACCCUGAAAAUGGAGAUUUCAAAUCCAUAUGCUCCCACUACACAUGCUGGGACGUUGAGAGACAAGUGUGUACAUACGAUGGGGGUAAGGGCUUGCCGGGGACGACGUGCGGAAACAAGAUGUGGUGCUCUGCUGGAAGGUGUGUCAGUAACCCAAACGCACCCGCGGCAAAUGACACAUGCAUGUACGGAAACACUCCGGAAAUAACAUUCCCAAUCGGCAACAAGAGAUACUCAUGUCAGGACGUGGAGAAGGAUCCGCGAAACUUCUGCAACAGAACCGAAGUUAAGAGCUAUUGUUGCUGGGCUUGUAGAGCUGAAAACCCAAACUGGUGCUUAGAGGAUCGCUUUGUGGACUGGUGUAAACAAAAUUUGAACACGGAGAAGAAAAAGGUAGCCAGCUGCAAAGAAUCAACCUACGAAUGUUGCAAGACUUGUGAGAAAUACGUUUAGAAAAUGAAAGUGAGCACAGAAUUUGCAUGUCUUAGAUCCUGUCUAAUUUACAAAUAUUAAAAUCUAUUAUUUAUUAAUAAACUUUUGAGAAAUAUAAUUUGAGGUCAUAAAUGAAUAAACAUUUAUGAAAUCAUC